AUGACAGGAUCUAUCUAUCAUGAAAGACAGGUGAAGGAGUUGUGCGCUUUGCACGCGCUUAACAAUUUGUUCCAGGAGAGAGGGUUCAGCAAGCAGGAGCUGGACCAAAUAUGCUAUGGACUGAGUCCAGAUGUGUGGAUCAACCCCCACAAGUCGCUGCUCGGGCUCGGGAACUAUGACAUUAAUGUCAUUAUGGCUGCCUUGCAGAAGAAGGGCUGCGAAGCUAUUUGGUUUGAUAAGCGAAGAGAUUUGAAUAGUCUAAAUUUGGACAAAAUAGACGGAUUCAUUCUUAACGUUCCAACGGAAUAUAAACUAGGAUUUGUACUCUUACCCUUAAAAAAACGUCAUUGGAUAGCUUUACGUAAGAUAAAAGGUGCCUUUUACAACCUUGACUCUAAGCUGGACUCUCCGGUGUUGAUUGGCAACAACGAUGAAUUGAUAGCAUAUCUUAAGGACCAAAUACUGAGUAAAGAAAAGGAAUUACUUCUUGUUGUUUCGCGAGAAAUAGCAAACAAUCAAGAUUGGCUGAUAAAAUUGGAUAACGGUAAUGAUAUUAUUAACUCUAAAAAAUUUAUUGAAAAUAACGAUGAUGAUAAUAAUAAGUACUCUCACGACAACGACGAAAAUAACCAUCGGUUUAUAAAUGUGUCUGACAUUACUCUUGACUUGAAUAAUGAUAAUCAAAUAAGUGAAACUAAAAAUUCUGGUGAUUAG